ACCCAGAUGCACAGAAUUAGGCAGCUUGACUGAAAGCAAGCGUCCUUUAUCAGGCUCUCACAGCCGCCUACUCUCCUGCAAUGCCUCCAGACCUGAAUACCAACAUGAGGUUCAAGUUCUCGAUCCUGGCUCUUCUUCUGGAAGUGGUCAUCAUUGUUUUGUUCGGGAUAUUUGUGGAAUAUGACCACAGGAGAAAAAACCCGGAAAUUUUGUACCCAGUCUUUCAGGAUGUCCAUGUGAUGAUAUUUGUUGGAUUUGGUUUCCUGAUGACAUUUCUGAAGAAAUAUGGAUUCAGUGGUGUUGGUAUCAACAUGCUCAUUGCUGCCUUUGGUCUCCAAUGGGGAACCCUGAUGCAAGGAUUUUGGCACAUGGAAGAAGGGAAAAUUCAUAUAGAUGUCAAAAGCAUGAUAAAUGCAGACUUCAGUACAGCAACUGCUUUGAUUUCAUUUGGAGCUGUCCUGGGGAAAACAAGUCCUGUUCAGAUGUUGAUCUUGACAAUCCUGGAGGUCACGAUCUUUGCAUGCAACGAACAUCUAGUUACAAAUAUACUUCAGGCCACAGAUGUUGGAGCCUCAAUGACUAUCCAUGCUUUUGGAGCAUAUUUUGGUUUAGCCGUGACCCUAAUCUUAUAUCGUCCUGGUUUGAAAAACAAACAUGAAAAUGAAGAAUCUACCUAUCAUUCAGACUUAUUUGCCAUGAUUGGUACCCUGUUCCUUUGGCUUUUUUGGCCCAGUUUUAACUCUGCUAUUGCAUCUGAACAAAAUCACCAGAUUACAGCAAUUAUCAACACUUAUUAUUCCCUGGCUGCAUGUACUGUCGUAACAUUUGCCCUCUCCAGCCUGGUGGAUCAAAGGGGCAAAUUCAGUAUGGUUCUCAUUCAAAAUGCCACCCUGGCAGGAGGAGUAGCAGUGGGUACCUGUGCUGACCUGCUAAUCAAACCUUUUGGUGCCAUGUUCAUUGGGAGUAUUGCUGGAAUUGUCUCUGUCCUUGGGUUCCACUUCCUGACCCCUUUGUUGGCAUCCAAGCUGUGCAUUCAAGACACUUGUGGAGUUCAUAAUUUACAUGGUUUACCUGGAAUAAUGGGAGGUAUUGCCAGCAUCAUAGUAACUGCGAUACAAGGGGAAGAGAGGCAAGGUGUCCACCUUACUCCUGCCAUGCAGGCUGCUGCCCUGGGCUGUACACUUGGAAUUGCACUGGUGGGUGGAGCAUUGACAGGUGGUAUUCUAAAGCUGCCUUUCUUGGGACAAGCAUCUGACCAGAACUGCUUUGAUGACUCUGUUUAUUGGGAGGUUCCAGAAGAGGAGAAACCACAUGAAAUUCCCUCCAACAACUAUGAUGAGCACAGCAGAUUUCAAGCCAUUAUGUAGAAAAAUAAUUCAUCUGUAAUAUUUACCCUAAUUAUGCUCUUUUCAGUUUCUAAUGCCAAAAAAACAACUUCCAAGUAUUGUCCUAGCCAUAGUAGGUUUUCAAGAAGAAGCUGUAGACAGCCAUAUUUUUGUAAUAUAAAACAAGUUUUAUUUUCGAAUACAUAGUCAUGUCAAGCUCAGGUGAAUUUGUUAAGUCCUUCCAAUAUAUUUCUUCAUCAGAAAAAAACCACCACAAACUGCUCUACAAGAUAAUCUGCAUUUUGUCUUUUUUACUCACUGAGCGAAUAGAGCUACUGAAACAACUUUUGAGUUUCAAGCCUUGUAGAGGAUAUUGUAUUUAACUUCAAGAUUUCUCAGUUAGUCACAGUCUUCAGCUGUGUAAGGAGAAUUAAGAAUAAAUGGAUUGCUAUUUUUAUUUGGAUUCUAACAAGUGUUUCACCAGAGCAUCGCAGGUUAACUCUUUAGUAAAGUAUGUUGUCUUACUUUUGGAUGGGGGAAAAAAUGUGCUGUAUUUUAAAGACUGAUUACAACAGGCAAUGAAGUGUUGAAGUCAUUUCCAUGAUGAUUUAAUCAUCCUAAUGCUUUUUCUGUGUCAUUCACUAGCGAUUGAUAAGGUACACUAAAUGGAAAGAUGAGUGGCAAGAUUCUUUGUUUAUACAUUUAUUGAAUGAGAGAAGAAGAGAAAUGGUGAAAAAUGUAAUUAUUGGCAUAGAUUUGUUUAGACCAUUUCAAGGACACAAUCAUGGAAUUAAGUAGGAGCUAUGAAAAGCAGAUCAUUAUAUAACGUCUUACUACAUCCAACAGUAAUAAGUGGAUAGUAUAACUGCUCAUGUCAGUAGAUAUAAACUGAAUGAAAUGCUAACUCCAAGAAAAAGCAUGAGCUGUUAGGAACAGAUCUGAAAGAAACUACGUUCUACCUCAGUGAAUAACUUCUGUGUGGUGAGUUGGUAUCUUUAAAAUCACUGCCUAAACCAAGCGAAAGCAGAAAGAAGGAAAAUGAAGCUGAAUUAAGGUAAAUUGAAGGAAACUGAAGCUAAAUUAAGGUAAAUUAACUCCAUCCAAUAAGUUAUGAUAAUGUUUGAUCAAGAAAGAGAGACAAAAUUUGACACAUCUGAACUUUACGAGAUUACAGUAGCUAGGAACAGUCUCACAUCUGUACUUGUAAUCCUUUGAGAAGCAAUAAAUGGGAGAUGAAAAUCUAACAGAAGGAUCAGUGCCUCUAGGUAUUAUUCAGACACAGAAAGCUACUGCUGAUAUGUCAAAAGGACAAGCUGCAGUGGAUGAACUUUCAAGACUUUUUAUGUUAGCAUUUCAUUUCAUGCCCUAUGAGAUUUAAGAGGAAAACAUAUAAAAUAGCACAUAUACUUUUUUUGAUCUACUGACAUAUUUUUCUUUGAAAAACCUUCAAAUGAUACUAUGCAGGGCUGUCUUAUAUGUUAUAUCAGUUGUAUACUGCUAUAUAUGUUAGAUUUCUGUCCAUGAAUAUAUGUUUGUUGUAACCUACUUCAGAUACAUUCUUUUGCAGAUGUGCAACAACUGACACUUUUCUACCUGUUGGCUAGAAGACAUCUUUUAUCUUUUCAAAGCUUUUAUACAAUCAUUUUUACAAAAGCUGAAAAGCAAUUUAACAAUGUAAAUAUUACAUAUGUAUAGAUUUUAGAAGUAUUCUGUUCAUAAUUUACAAGUACAAAGUGUUGAAGUACCUGAAAAAAAUUCUAUAGAGAAAAUGUAAAAAUCUUACUCUCAAUGCAUGAAGCUUAACCCUCAAAAUCUGACUUGGAGAUUCAGAAUCUUUCAUUCACCUACAGUUGUGAGAUGUUUUCACUGUCAACAGAAUAUAUGAAUGAGAAAGUACCACUCACUGUUAGUAAAUCUUUCAGAAUGAUGUGUUCAAUAGUUAUUUCCAGUCCUUUAAAGCAAAGGGGGGGGAAAUAAACUAUGUAUUUGUUCUCCAGUUCUUAUAACCUUUUCACAGUAACCCAAACUUUCAUCCCUUAGUACUUGUUUUUCCUCUUUGCCUUUUUUCAGAAGUUUUCUGGCCCAAUGAAAUCGGUUCUUCGGGUUCUCACAAAAAGCAGGUUAGAGAGAUGAAUGCCUUUACAUGGAGAUGUAUUCCAACUAAUCUAGCCACCAUUUUCAGAAAUUUUUUGUUUGCUUUUUCACAAAGUAAGACCCUAGAAGUGGGGCCUGUAGUGACAGGACAAGGGGCCUGUUGCAACAGGACAAGGAGUAAUGGUUUUAAACUAGAAGAGAGUGGAUUCAGAUUAGAUAUAAGGAAGAAUUUUUUUACAGUGAGAGUGGUGAAACAUUGGAAAUGGUUGUCCAGAGAGGUGUUCUGAGCAACCUCAUCUAGCUGAAGAUGUCCCUGCUUAUUGUGGGAGUGUUGAACUAGAUGACCUUUAAAGUACCGGUCCAACCCAAACCUCUCUAGGAUUCUAUCAUUCUAAGUCUAACUUAACCUGGGAAACUACAUUUUAGAUGGCUGAAACCAUGUGAGUAGUAUAUGACUUUAACAACUUGGAAAAGGAUUACAAAUGCAUUUUGAUUUGUUCUCAGUAUUUAAAAACUAAUGAGUAAUACAGAAACAAGCAUUAGGACAAUUUAAAAAUAUGUAAAAAACACAUGUGAAAACAAGAAAUAGGACUACACGUGACCUCUCGAACAAUGUGGUGCAGCCAGAUGAUUAAACUCUCGUGAAAUGAACAGGAUGUGAGAAACUACAAAUGAUUACAUGGGAAAAUUGCUGAAUGUGACAGCAAACAGUAUAACACUGAUAAGAAUUACAGCUAAUACCAUAUAAAAUUAAAAGUUGGUUAUAUGAGAAAUUGCUUAAUUGCACAGAGAUUUGUAGGGAACAAUUGAGGACCUUCUGUAAGCACAGCUGAAAUACCUACCUCAGGUACAGUUAUAACAAAUCUGAGACCAAACAAAAUUUAGUUAAUAGUGGUCAAAGAUGGAGAAGGCAAAGAGAUAGCAAAAAGGACAAUGAGGCAUGCAUAAAAUCCUCUGCAAUAAGGUCUCUCUAGGGUAUCUGUUAGACAGUCCUGUGAUAGAUCACUGCAGCCCAGAGCAAGACAAUAAAUCAAAUCUCUUGUUUUAAUCAUCCAUGCAUGUUUGAUUUCUUCCUGUGGUCCCUACUAUGCUAUAGUGGAGACUAUGCAUACCCAAAAUUCAUACGUUCCCUAUGGUCGGAAGACUUAGACAAGUGUCCUAGCUCAAGACCAAUGAAAUCCAACCUUACAAUUUGACCAUACUAUAUGAAAAGACUGGACACAGAAUAUUCCCAGCAUAUUUCAGACUCCUCUUUGCUCUCUAUGCAACAGACAGAACAUAAAGAUGUCUGGGAUAGCGUCAUCAGGAAAUGAACUACAGAAGUCAUUUGGUGAACCUUUGUUUAAACUGAUCUUUUUUUGAAUGUGGCUGUUCCCUUGAAUAAUUUGUUUCCCCGAAAGCUCUUUUACUUAAUCACUCAACUCCAUAUUUCAGGUGUUAAUGGCAAUUAGUUAUUUUCCUUGAUUGGUUAUUUCCAAAGUAAUCAAAGCUUUGAAUACUUUGAGUUAGUAGAGCUUCUUUUGUUCAUAGUUACAACUUCUGUGUAAUAUGUAACUGGACACUAUGGAGAGGCAUCCAGCCUUACAGAAGAUUAAAAUAUUUUACUAAGAACCCCUUUACUUGUCAGUGAGGGAGCCAUACACUGACAGGACAGGGAACAGAGAAGUCAAACAAGUCACAGGGCAGAGGAUGAGUUUUGAGGAUGGGAACCAAAUUAAACCAAAGUACAACUACUACAAAGCACAACUUUGGUAUAACUACUCUAAAUUUGAAGGUCAUAGUGACUAGAAUUUCUCUUCUUUCUCAUAAAAGACUGCCAAUGUUUCAUCCUUUCCAAUAACCACUGAAUAGUCUUUAUGUCUUAAAUUUGUUCUCACCUUGACUUGUUUCUAUAUUGCAAGGCUUAAAUUAUGUUUUGGAGUUUUUUUAAAAGAGUAACAACUCAUUUAGCAUUAACAUUUAUUAAACUGUGUAAAAAUGAAUUAAAAUGGAAACAAAUGUGUGUUGUAACUUGAA